AUGGCUUCCUCGUGGGGUCUGGGCCAGCUGGGGUGGCUGGGUCUUAUCCUGGCCCUCAUGGCCCUGCCAAACCCAUGCCAGGGUUGCCCUCCACGCUGUGACUGUGCGGCGCAGCUCCGCUCUGUGUCCUGUCAGCGGAAGCGUCUGUCUGGAGUACCAGAGGGCAUUCCCACAGAAACCAGACUGCUGGAUCUUAGUCGGAAUCGCUUGCGCUGGGUGGCACCGGGUGAUCUGGCCCCUUACCCGCAUCUGGAGGAGCUCGAUCUAAGUGAAAAUCUCAUUACGACUCUAGAACCCAAUGCCUUCGCCAGCCUGCAAACGCUGCGUACUCUGCGCCUCAGAGGAAACCAGCUGAAGCUUGUGCCCAUGGGAGCAUUUGCACGACUGUCGAACCUCACCACGCUUGAUCUGAGCGAGAACAAGAUUGUCAUCCUGUUGGACAACACCUUCCAGGAUCUGCGCAGUCUAAAGAAUUUGGAGGUGGGUGAUAAUGACCUGGUCUACAUCUCUCAUAAAGCAUUCUCAGGAUUGUUAGGUGUAGAAGAUCUCACCAUCGAGAGAUGCAACCUGACGUCCAUCUCAGGCCAGACGCUCUCAUACCUGCGUAACCUUGUUACCCUUCGAUUACGCCACCUGAGUAUCUCAGCCCUCGAGGACCAAAAUUUCCGCAAGCUGUCGGCUCUGAGAGGACUUGAAAUAGACAACUGGCCCUACUUGGAGCACAUCUCACCUCUGAGCUUCCUGGGGCUCAACCUCUCCUGGCUGUUCAUCACCAACACGAAUAUUACCUCCGUGCCAUCUGCCUCCUUCCGAAACCUUGCUUACCUGACAUCGCUCAACCUCUCCUACAACCCUAUCUCCGUGCUGGAGCCCUGGGCCUUCCGAGACCUGAUCAGGCUGAAGGAACUAGUCAUGGUCAACACCAAUCUGCUCACCGUUGAACCCCAUGCCCUCGGAGGCUUGAGGCAAAUCCGAGUUCUGAACUUGUCCAACAACGAGCUAGUCUCUCUUGAGGAGAGCUCGUUCCACUCCGUCAACAGUCUGGAGACUCUGAGGGUGGAUGGAAACCCGUUGUCCUGCGAUUGCCGGCUUCUUUGGAUCCUGCAACGCAGACGUACCUUAAACUUUGACGGAAAGAUGCCAGUGUGUGCUGGCCCCGCAGAGGUGCAGGGAUACAUGCUGAGCACCUUCACGGAUUCUGCGUUGUUUGAUUAUUUCACCUGCCAGAAGCCAAAGAUACGGAAUCGGAAGCUUCAGCAGGUGACGGCACAUGAAGGCCAACCGGUAUCAUUCCUUUGUCAGGCUGAAGGCGAGCCAACGCCUGCUAUCAUAUGGAUCUCACCGCAGAGGCGAAGAAUCACUUCCAAAAGCAACGGCAGGAUCACAGUGCUUCCAGGUGGAACGCUGGAGAUCCGUUAUGCACAGGUCACUGACAGCGGUACGUACAUCUGCAUUGCCAGCAACGCUGGAGGCAACGACACCUACUUUGCCACGCUAACAGUGAAAGGCCAGCCGCUGGACUCUGUGCUGUUCGGCAACCGGUCCUUGUAUGCGGUGGACUUUAACGACACCGGUCUCAACAGCACACGUGUUUUCCUGAAGUUCACGCUGGAUCUCACAACCAUCCUGGUGUCGACAGCGAUGGGCUGCAUUACAUUCCUGGGUGUCGUGCUGUUUUGUUUCCUGUUGUUGUUUGUGUGGAGCCGUGGACGUGGUCAACGUAAGAACAACUUCACAGUGGAAUAUUCCUUCAGGAAAACGGAAGGACCCACCACCACCACGACCUCUGGAGGGACACGGAAGUUUAACAUGAAGAUGAUAUGAAACAACGCAGCCAGGGGCCCGCUAGGGGAAGCAUAGACUCCCAACACUAACACACACACAGUGCUGACUCAGUGCAGAAAUACAAACGCCAGGCCACAUACGAUCUUAAAAAUGUAUGACAACCUUGAUCUCACUGCCUUUGGAAACAUAUUGAUUUUUAUUUUGCAGCUGAUGGUUAUGUAAUAUGGUAACGUGACAAUAGCGUGACUUUUCUGCUCUU